CCGUCCGGGGGCGUUCCCGGGAGCGGGGCCGCCGAGGUUAGACCCGCCGCGCCCGGGAGGAGCCAGGGGCCACGUGACGCGCCGCGGCGGGGCGGGCCGGCCCAGAAUAGCCGCGGCGACGGUUCCGCCCGCGGGCGGCGCGAGCCAGGCCGAGACGCGAGGACGCCGGCUGGGCGGGCGGGCGCGGAGGAUGCCCCAGAGCCCCGGCCCGGCCCGGCCCCGAGCACAUGAUGGCGAUACGGGAGCUCAAAGUGUGCCUUCUCGGGGACACCGGGGUUGGGAAAUCAAGCAUCGUGUGUCGAUUUGUCCAGGAUCACUUUGACCACAACAUCAGCCCUACCAUUGGGGCAUCUUUUAUGACCAAAACUGUGCCUUGUGGGAAUGAACUUCACAAGUUCCUCAUCUGGGACACUGCUGGUCAGGAGCGGUUUCAUUCGUUGGCUCCCAUGUACUAUCGAGGAUCUGCUGCAGCCGUCAUAGUGUAUGAUAUCACCAAACAGGAUUCCUUUCAUACCUUGAAGAAAUGGGUUAAAGAGCUGAAAGAACAUGGACCAGAAAACAUUGUAAUGGCUAUUGCUGGAAACAAAUGUGAUCUCUCAGAUAUUAGGGAGGUGCCCCUGAAGGACGCUAAGGAAUAUGCUGAAUCCAUAGGUGCCAUCGUGGUGGAAACGAGCGCAAAAAAUGCUAUUAAUAUCGAAGAGCUCUUCCAAGGAAUCAGCCGCCAGAUCCCACCCUUGGACCCCCUUGAAAAUGGAAACAGUGGAACGAUCAAACUUGGGAAGCCAGGCACGCAAGCCAGCCGGCGGUGCUGCUAACCCAGGGGCUGCGGUGCUUGAAGAAGCCAGAGCCAUGUCCCCGUGCACUGCUGAAGGACCCCAUGCUCGGUGGCCUGCACCUCACUUUGAGAAGAGUGAGCACCCUGGCUUUGUAUGCUGGAAGAUCUGCUGGGCAGAGCAGGAAAUGUCCCCAAAAAAGGAAUUUAGAAAAAACUCUGGAAAAACCCGCCGUACCAUCACGAAAUGGCCUUUAAUGCGUGAAAUGCAUAUGGGAGGAAUUAUACUUAUUAGGUAAUAAGAAUAGCUGCAUUUUUUUGUUAAAAACCUUAAGAAAUUCUCAAAUUUGUACAAAA